AUGGCAACCCGGUUGCCAUCAAUAGCUGUUGCUACUGGAAAUACUCGUGAAAGUACGAUUCUCGAAGAAACUGGUUCGCCCGAUUUCGUGUAUUUAAUUCAAGAAUGUGAUGAUAUUUUAUUGUAUAAAGUAAUUGAUAAAGUCGAUGUAGACUUUUGUUGUGACUUUUCAACUAACGGACAAUGUGAUUAUCACUGUGACCGAAUUUAUUCCAAAGAGUUUGGCUGGUUUAGAUGUUUUAGUGAAGAGACUCGCAACUUACUGGAAGCUAAAUCAUGUAUUGGCUGUUAUUUGCAAGAAAAGAAGCGAAAAAAGACUGAAAUUCAACUGUAUGGUCACUACAUGGACACAGACAGUCGAUCUUAUUUUACAGAAGUAAAAAUAGGCCGCAAAACCUUUAAAGAAAAUACAUUUGCACUAAUUUAUCCCGAAUCUGUAAAUUUACCUGACAUUCUGAGCAAACAAAGUGAACUCAGUGAAAACAAUGAGCAAACCUACGACGAGUCUCUUUAUCCCGAACGCUAUCGGAAAAGAUUUACUGAAUUUACCAAAGGAUCAUUGAAUGAUGCUAAUAAAACUUAUUCAAUUGUGAAAAUAAAGAAAAUAUUCCGCAAUAUUUUUGAUACCGAUGAUGAUUGUCAGCUUGAAGUGCAGCUAUUAUAUCGACCACACAAUUGUCUUGAAACAUUCGAUCUACUUUUAGAGGUUCCACUCGAUGAAGUUUAUCUAACUAAAGAUGAACGAGUGAUCAACUGUACAGCACUUAGAGAACCUUGUAAAGUCUAUUAUCUGAACAAUCCUCAAUCUCGACCCGACCAUAAGUUGCUUCCUAAUCGUUAUUUCAUGACUUAUUGCUUCAACCAUUACACUAAAAAGUUCACCCAAAUUGAACCCAACGACACAUUAGAGUUUCCUCCAUCAGAGUCAUCGUCCAACACUCAUUCACCAUUGAAAACACUGGACUUAUUUUCUGGAUGUGGUGGGUUGGCCGCUGGUUUUAAAGAAAGUAGAGUCUCUGAGACAUUAUGGGCCAUUGAAAAGGAACCCUCAGCAGCCAAAUCAUUUAGCUUUAAUUUUCCAUCGGCAAUUGUUUACAAUGAAGAUGCCAAUCACAUGUUGAAAAGGCUACUUGAGGGUGAACAAUUUACAUCCUCAAACCAACCUUUACCUCAAAAGGGUGAGGUUGAAAUGAUACUUGGUGGACCUCCAUGUCAAGGAUUCAGUGGAAUGAAUAGAUUUUCAAAUAGACUUUAUUCAGUGUUUAAAAAUUCACUCUUGGUAACCUUCCUAAGCUAUGUUGACUAUUACCGACCCAAAGUGGUAAUCUUUGAAAAUGUCCGCAAUUUUGUUCAAUUUGAAAAAUGCAAGAUUCUCAAGCUAACCUUGUCAUGUUUGUUAACAAUGAAUUAUCAGGUAAAUUAUGGCAUACUCCAAGCUGGAUCCUUUGGAGUGCCUCAAUCUCGUCGUCGUACAUUUAUCAUAGCGACUGAUCAGACAAUCAAGCUUCCAAAGCUUCCAAAGCCUUUACAUUGUUUCUCAAACAGAGCUUGUCAGCUUGAUAUUGUGAUUGGCAACAAACGUUCAAAGUCAAUUUACCAUGCAAAUAAAUAUGGAUAUUUCCGAUCUUAUACAGUAGCUGAUGCUAUAAAUGAUUUACCAGAUACUGUUGGUUAUGCCUUGGAUUAUGCUUGUUCCUAUGGUCCUGUUAAAACAUUUUACCAAAAGUUGAUGCGAGCAAAUGAUUUUGAUGAUGGUCAGGUAGGCCUGCAUGUUGUUCCUGCGAUGAGCUUACUUAAUCAAACUCGCAUCGAGAGGAUUCCUUGUAUUCCUGGAGCUGAUUGGAGAGAUUUACCCAAUAUUAAAUUGACAUUAUCUGAUGGAACUGUCGUCGAGAAACUGGAAUAUCUUUAUGAUGAUGUAAAAAAUGGUAAAUCUUCCAAUGGUUCACUUCGUGGAGUUUGUAGCUGUGCUUCUGGAGAAACCUGUUCAAAGCAAAUCUCGCGACCAGAAAAUACUUUGAUACCUUGGGGUUUGGUUCAUACAGCCAAUCGUAAUUACCAAUGGUCAGGACUGUUUGGUCGGCUUCAAUGGGACGGAUUUUUUAUUACAACCAUUACUAAAACAGUUCCUAGUAGCAAACAAGGAAGUGUCCUUCAUCCAUCUGCUAAUAGAGUCCUUUCAAUCAGAGAAUCUGCUCGAUCUCAAGGUUUUCCAGAUAAAUAUCAUUUCUUUGGUUCCAUGGCUGAAAUUAAGGUUCAAAUUGGAAACGCAGUACCGAUCCCAUUGGCCCGCACCAUUGGAUUACAAGUUUUAAAAUCACUUUCCAAUCAUAACACAAAUCCAGGCCUUUAGUGUCCAAUUUAGGUGGAAGGGAAAUUCAACUCUUUGGAUUUAUUAUUAAUAUCACAACAUGCUUCAACAUGUCUUCAUCAAAUAUAAUAAUCAAGCUUCUGAUAAUUUGUUCAUUUAUUUCAUCUUAUUUGAGAAUGAUACAUUUCAUAUGAUUAAUGUAAGAUACAACAAUAAAAUUAACUUGAUUGGAUUGUUGAUUAGGUACGAUGAAGCAUUACAAAGCGCCCAACGACAAGCCUUAGCACAACCUCUCGUGAAAUAUCUCUCGGCCAAUUGUGAGCUAAAUAAGGCUAAAUCAUAUCUUAGACUAAUCCUUUCCAUGUUACAAGAAGAUCUAAUCGUUUCAGUACAACCUCGGAUUAAAAUGUCGGUUCCAUCGUCU